AUGACCAACUUCACUAUCGCUUCCGACAAGGCGCCGAACUCGAACAAGAUCAACUUGAUCAAGCGCGUACUUAAGAUGACAGAACUGAAGUUGUUCGCGUCUUUGUGGGCUCCCCCUCUUUGGAUGACGAGAGAGGACUCGGACGUCGAUUGCAAGAUCAAAGGAGCACCCGGUGAAAAGUACUGGGCGGCUCUAGCGCUGUACUACUCCAAGUUCUUCGAUGCCUACAAAGAAGAAGGGAUUGAUUUCUGGGGUAUGACAGUCCAGAACGAACCUGAGAAGCCUCCUCUUUCUGUAUCUCAGUGGGAGACGCUGCGUAUGACAGCUGAAGAAGAGCGGGACUUCAUCAAGCUAAAUUUAGGUCCAUUGAUGAAGAAGAAUCAUCCCGAGGUGAAGAUAAUGGCCAACGAUGACCAGAAGCCAGGGAUCAUGGAUCGCUCGGCGCCGUUUGAUGACCCAGAGUCGAAAAAAUACUUGAGUGGCCUUGCCUUCCACUGGUAUCAGAACAUUGACUUUAUCCUUCCUGGAGCUGGCAAUUUCAAGAAUCUUCUCGAGUUCUCUGAGACGUAUCCUGAUAUGUUCAUGCUCGGCACGGAGGCGUGUUCAGGAUACCUCCCGGCUCUCGUUGGAACCGGUAAAGGUCCUGCACUGGACGACUUCGACGAGGCCUGGAAACGUGCGCAACACUACGCUCGUGACAUCAUCGAGAACAGCAACAACAUGGCCGCUGGGUGGGUCGACUGGAACCUGUUUCUGGACACGGAUGGAGGCCCGAACUGGGCCAAGAACAUGGUAGAUUCGCCCAUUCUUGUCGACGAACAGAACGGCGCCGAGUUCUACAAGCAGCCAAUGUUCUACAUCAUGGGCCACUUCUCCAAGUUUGUGCCGCCCGGAUCGAAGCGCAUCAAGUUCCCCAAGACGGAGACGCUCGACGACUUCCACCGCUGUGCGUUCGUAACACCGGACAACCAAGUUGUGCUGCAGUUCCUGAACCGUGACAGUGACGAAGUUACUUUUACGGUGAAGCAGCCAGACUCCAACACGUUCACGAUAACAAUGCCCCCGCACACGGUGAUCCUACCAGCAUCAGAAGACACCAAAAUUCUGUAG